CAGAGUGGAUGUAUGGUUAGGACUGUGGCAUCUGGUCGCGCCACUGGGUGAGGGAAAAGGGCCGCGCCGGUGCCGCACGACAGCGCUAUGACCAUCGCAAUGAUAGCCAAUCAGGACCCACAGGAGGGCCCACCUAAUACCCCACCUCAGGGAGGGGAUGGAGAAGUGCUGGGUGAGGGGGAAGGGGAGGAGAUGGGAGCAGGUGAACCAGACUUUCCAUUGGCUGCCUUGGCUCGGCUAGAUGAGAUGAUCCAUCGGCAAAGAUGGGUCGUACCAGUCUUGCCAAAGUGUGAGCUGGAGCUUCUCUUGGAUGCCUCCAUUGAUUUGUGCACCCGUGGUUUGGACACAAGAAGUGAAGCAUGCCAGAGGUUCUUCCGUGAGGGUCUUACUAUCUCAUUCACUAAAAUUCUUACGGAUGAAGCGGUUAAUAGUUGGAAAUUUGAAAUUCAUAGGUGUAUUCUCAAGAACUGCGAAAAAUUAAUUGAACUGGUGGUAGUGAAACUGCACCAAGACUGGUUUCCCUUACUUGAUCUGCUUGCAAUGGUGCUCAAUCCUAAUUCCAAGUUCCACACCUUCAAUGGAACCCGCCCCUCGGAGACAGUACCUCAGGGGUCCCAGAUUCCAGACUCUGAGCUAUUUGCUCGGCCUCCUGACCCUAGGAAUCCUAGGGGUUGGCUGGUAGAUCUUAUCAACCUCUUUGGCAAACAUGGAGGCUUCCAGAUUCUCCUAGAAAGAUUCCAAUCUGGCAAGAAUCUAUCGGUUCCAGUGAUUUGUGCUCUCCUCCGACCAUUUGGCCUAUGCUAUGAGAUGCUCACAAUACCUACUAUAGAAAAAUAUUUCAUGUCUAUUGUAGAGGUAGUCCCAGCCUUCUUAGAAAACCUCACUGAUGAUGAAUUGAAGAAAGAAGCCAAGAAUGAGGCCAAGAACGAUGCACUGUCAGCAAUUAUCAAAGCCAUUAAGUGCCUGGUGUCCCGAGUGCCCAGUCAGGAGGAGACGGCCAAGAACUUGGAAAUAUUUAGGUUGAAAAUGAUACUCAGGUUAUUGCAAAUAUCAUCCUUUAAUGGGAAGAUGAAUGCUCUGAAUGAAGUAAACAAAGUGAUUACCAAUGUGUCCUAUUACUCCCACCGUCAUGGACCUUUUGAGGAAGAGGAAUGGCUGACAGCAGAGCGCAUGGCAGAAUGGAUCAAGGAGAAUCGUGUCCUACAGAUUGUAUUGCGUGAUUCACUUCAUCAGCCUCAGUAUGUAGAAAAAUUAGAGAAGAUCAUUCGCUUUAUCAUCAAGGAGAAGGCUUUGACUCUAGAGGAUCUAGAUGAUAUCUGGGCAGCACAGCACGGGAAACAUGAGGCCAUUGUGAAAAAUGUGCAUGAUCUCUUGGCCAAACUUGCAUGGGAUUUUUCCCCAGAACAACUUGAUCACCUUUUUGGAUGCUUCCAGACAAGCUGGAGUCAAGCUAGUAAAAAACAACGUGAGAAACUUUUAGAAUUAAUUCGAAGACUAGCAGAAGAUGACAAGGAUGGUGUCAUGGCUCACAAGGUAUUAACUCUGCUGUGGUCCUUAGCACAUUCAGAUGAUGUUCCAACAGAAAUAAUGGACCAGGCUCUAAAUGCUCAUGUAAAGAUUUUAGAUUAUUCAUGCUCACAGGAUCGAGACACCCAGAAGAAGCACUGGCUUGACAGAUGUGUGGAGGAGCUCAAGCAUGAUAAGUGGGUCCUCCCAGCACUGAAACAAAUAAGAGAGAUAUGUUGUUCAUACAGUGAGGCUCCACCUAACUUCUCACAACACCAGCGCCCAACUCCACACGUCAGCUACCGUCAUGAUGUUAUAUCCAAGCUACAGAAUCAGCACUCACUCGUGGUCCUUGUGGCAGAUAAUCUCACCACUUACAUGAAGAAUAUUAGACUAGCUGCCAAGGAAAAUCCAGACCUGAAUCCAGCAGAAAUAAUUCCAGAUGGGCGAUACAACCAUAUUUGUCAAGUUCAGGAGCGGCUAAAUUUUCUCAGGUUUCUGUUAAAGGAUGGUCAGUUAUGGCUGUGUGCACCUCAGGCCAAACAGAUAUGGAACUGCUUGGCAGAAAAUGCUGUCUUCACUGUUGACAGAGAAUCGUGCUUUAAGUGGUUUUCAAAGUUAAUGGGUGAUGAACCAGAUCUUGAUCCAGAGAUUAAUAAAGAUUUCUUUGAAAACAAUAUAUUGCUUCUGGAUCCCUCACUGUUGACUGAAAAUGGCAUGAAGUGCUUUGAUAGAUUUUUCAAGGCUGUUAAUUCAAAAGAGGGCAAGCUGGUUUUGAAGAAACGUGUAUACCUCAUGGAUGAUGUUGACCUAAUUGGUGUUGACUAUGUUUGGAGGGUUGUACUCUGUGGAACUGAAGAUAUUGCUAGCCGUGCCAUUGAACUUUUGCGAGAGACAUUCACUAAUCUAGGACCAAGACUCCAAGCAAAUCAAGUCAUUAUUCAUGAUGACUUUUUGUCUAGUUGUAUGUCCCGGCUAAAGGCAAUGUAUGACACUGUAUCAGUGUUAGAUCGGGAUAAAGACUCGGUUAACAGAAUUAGGCAAGAGACUACAAGAAUGUGUCGUGUCCUUAAAGUUUUAUAUGAAUAUGUAUCAGAAUGCGAUGGUGAUUUUGGAGAUGAUCGCUCGAUUUUGCCACUUGGAAGAUCAUCAAGGGGCAAGCAUUUGUCGCUCUUGGUACGUUUCCCUGUGCAGGGUCGGCAACCAGAUGAACUAGAUGUUUGGACUCAUACCAAUGAUACUAUGGGAGCCAUCAGAAGACAGGUUUUGCACCGUCUGAAGUCAACAGCUCCAAAUGUAAAAGUCGAACUCUACCUGAACACUGACCCCAUAGAUCCAGUUGAUGACAAGAAGAUUAUAGCACAUAUGCCUCUUAGAGAUAAAAUGGUAUUGACAGCUAAGCUAGUCCAAGUCGGAAGUAACAUGCCAUCAUCUCCAGACAGUUCCUCCGAUUCUUCAACAGGUUCCCCACAACACCCGUAUGAGGGACCUAAUGUUGAUGCAGAAAAUUGUCUUCCUGGUGUUAUAAUGUCAGGCCAAGCAAAGUAUACACAAUUCCUCCUGCAAUUAGCGGACUUGGGCUGCACUUUACAACUACCACAGUUGAGAGAUAGUGCACGUGCUCUCCUUGAAAUAAUGCCAGCAGACCAGUACACAGUUAACAAUUUACGAACUCUGUGUAUGGAGCAUGCAAAGAUUGGAGACCAGAACAUGUCUCCUUCUUUAGAGAGUAUUGUCUUUUCACCUUCUCCAUCACAAGUCCUCUAUAACUUGCAGGUAUUAUAUUCUCUCCUCAUGCCUGCACAUAACCCUAUGUCAGAAAAGGCACAUGAAUUCCAGUACAAUUUCAUGAAAAGUGGAGGAGUAAAGCUUAUCAUUGAUAUGCUGUCCAAAAACAACUUCCUUUCAAACACAGACAUGCCCACCAAAAGAUCAGCCUUCUUAGUGGUAUUGAAGCUGGCAAAGUUGGCAUUUGUGACUGUAGGGUAUGCCAUUGUUGGUGUUGUAGCUGGAGCCGUGACUUCAAGUGGCACAACUACAACUGGGAGUAAUGGCGGCUCAGAGGGGUCUUCUCCAACAGGAGCUGUAAGUUUGGCAGCAUCCACGCACACACAAGCUUUAGUGCUCCAAGAAGCACUGCAUCACAUCCCCAACCCAGCCUCAGACUGCAUGGUGCGGAAUGUGGCAUCGCGUCUGGCGCAAUCGCUUCACGACCAGGUCACUAUCACAUCAUGUCUCUGGGCGCACUUUGUAACUGGUGUGGUCCCUGACAUGAGUGUGGUCAGAGCUAUUCUUAAAAUUACCUGGGCUUCAGCAGCUGGCCAGGGCCAUCUUAUCACAUCAUCUCUUGAUGAAAUUGAAAAGGCAGCAGAGAGACCACCCACAAAACCUCCAGAUCCAGAGGACCUAUGUGUGUGCCGUGAGGGUCUGGAAACACUAUCAGUAGUUCUAGCCCUUUAUCCCCCUGCACUUGAAACCUUGACCAAGGACACCCAGUUCCACAAACUUGUGAUGGGGUUGGUGUUAGUAGGCGGUGAGCGAAGCAUACGGCAGUGUGCAGUGGAGCAACUCUUACUUAUGGCUACCAAAUGCUCGAACUCGCCCCACACCCUCGUCGUCUUUAUCGUCAUGCUGUUCAAUGUUCUCAAUGGCCUCAAUAGCGAGUACUCGAAAGAAUAUUUUCAGCUGUUGUGUGGAUUACUAAACUGGGCGUGUGUAUCGAGUGUGACUGUAACAGGUGUUGACCGCCUACUAACCACGGAAGUGGAGUGGUUGAAGAAUGUCAGAGCCAGUGUAGCUCAGAUGGCCCAAGGUGGACCAGAGCCCCCAGUAGAUGAAACUUUGUUGGAAGGCCAUCUCUGUGUAACUAGGGAGCUUGUAGCCUUCCUCCCUCCUGAGAAGAAAUAUGAAAUUGGUGGUGAUCCUUCCAAAGGAAUUUUUCUCAUUAGGGAACUUGUAGAAGACUUUAUAUUCCCAUUUUCUAAGGUGUACCUUCAAUUAGAGCAUGCCGCAGAGAUGCCUGCUGAGCAGGCCAUACCAGUGUGCUCAACUCAACCGACUGUGAUAGCAGCAUAUGAACUCCUAGUCACUUUAUGUACUGGCUGUGUCCCAAACCUCAAACUGCUGGCAGAAAUGCUCACCAAUAUGUAUUAUUCAGACUGCGAUGAGAGUAUUGGGGAAUGGGAAUAUCUUCCUCCUGUAGGCCCACGACCUAUGAAAGGUUUUGUGGGUUUAAAGAAUGCUGGGGCCACAUGUUAUAUGAAUUCUGUCCUCCAACAAUUAUACAUGAUCCGACAAAUAAGACAUGGGGUCCUAGCAGUGGAAGGCGCAGCAACAGAUCCAGAGGAAGACUUCAGUGGUGAGGAAAGAAUGGAACAAGAGACCAACCUUGAUGGUAAUGAAGAUGAUGCCAUGAGUAGUAGUUCCAAUGAAGAGAGCAGGAAGGAAUACCAUAUUGGUAUACUAAAACAAGUGCAAGCCAUCUUUGCACAUCUGGCAUGUUCCAAGCUCCAAUAUUAUGUUCCCAGAGGACUUUGGAAACAUUUUAAAUUGCAAGGGGAACCUGUAAAUUUGCGUGAACAACAUGAUGCUUGUGAAUUUUACAAUAUUUUAGUCGAGAGCUUGAAUGAGGCUCUAAAGGCAUUAGGACAUGAACAAAUAAUGAACAAGAUUUUAGGAGGAUCAUAUUCAGAUCAGAAGAUCUGUAAAACUUGUCCACAUAGAUAUUCACGUGAGGAAACCUUUACGGUCAUCAGCAUAGAUAUCCGAAACUACAGCAACUUAUAUGACUCACUUGAACAGUAUGUUAAGGGAGACCUUUUAGAGGGGGACAAUGCCUACCUAUGUGAAAAAUGUGACAAAAAGGUUGAUACCGUGAAACGGAUAUGUUUAAAGAAACUACCCCCAAUUUUAGCAAUUCAACUGAAAAGAUUUGACUAUGACUGGGAAAGAGAAUGUUCAAUCAAAUUCAAUGAUUACUUUGAGUUUCCACGUGAGUUAGAUAUGGACCCAUAUACAGUUGCUGGACUCGCUAGAAAUGGAGAACUCAUAGACUAUGACCCAGAAGAUAUGAAGACAGUGAUAUGUAGCAAGUACAAGUUGACAGGCAUUGUGGUCCAUAGUGGUCAAGCAAGUGGAGGGCACUACUAUUCAUACAUUCUUCACAGAAAUGGAAAUGACCAGCGAUGGUACAAGUUUGAUGAUGGAGAGGUUACAGAAUGUAAAAUGGAUGAUGAAGAAGAAAUGAAAAAUCAGUGUUUUGGUGGUGAAUACAUGGGCGAGCAAGUAUUUGAUAACAUCAUGAAAAGAGUUAGUUAUCGGAGACAGAAGCGAUGGUGGAAUGCUUACUUGCUGUUCUACACUCGACUAGAUGUGGAGGAAGAUAAUCUCUGCAACUCUAUAAAUGAGCUCAGCAUAGCAGAACGCCCAGGAUUGAUAAAGAUGCCAAGUGCCAUCGAGCGAUCAGUGGUGCGGCAGAAUGUUAGGUUUAUGCAUUCCCGCUCCCAGUUUUCUCCAGAGUACUUCCAAUUCCUCAAGAAACUUAUAUUGACCAAUCAACCAUAUGUACUACCAGCACCACAGGACAGGAUUGUUGAGAGUGAGGAGAUAGCUAUGAUUAGUACACAGUUAUGCAGCAAGUUCCUCUUUUCUGUGGGGUUGCAUACAAAGAAGACUUUACGUGGACCAGCGCCAGAGUGGUAUGAUGCCCUGCAGGUAAUGGUUUUGCUUUUACUCUUUCCUGUUGUAUUCACUUUGGGAAAAUAUGGCCUUGAUAUGGCAAGUGGGAGCUGCACACUAAGUGACCAGUUGUUGGUAGCUGUGUUGCAGCUGCUGAACAAGGAUGUAUCAGAACAUGGUCGUCAUCUUACUCAGUAUUUUCAUCUUUUCAACCUAUAUGCAUCAUUGGGUCCUCCAGAGAAGUUGCAGCUGUUGAAGUUGAAUGUGGUUGAGAUGUUUAUGUUGGUGGCUUUAGAUGAAGGACCAGGACCAGCCAUAAAAUAUCAAUAUGCUGAACUUGGGAGAUUAUAUCAGGUGGUUUCCCAGUUGAUAAGGUCUUGUGAUGUCUCCCAAAAACAACAGUCUUCACAACCAAACACUGCACCAUUGCCCAAUCCGCAUGGAGAUCCAGCAUGUGCAGAACCUCUUAUGCCAAUUCAGCCCAAGGUUGUAGAAAUCCUUUAUGGAAGAGCAACGUAUGUGAAAAAGAUAAUUGAAGAUGCUAACAGCUCUGAAGACACAGUGAAGCUCCUCAAGUUCUGUUGUUGGGAGAAUCCCCUCUUUUCUUCCACGGUGCUCUCGGAACUCCUGUGGCAGAUAGCCUAUUCCUAUACUUAUGAGCUACGACCCUACUUAGACCUACUUUUGCAUAUGCUGCUACUCGAUGAUUCUUGGCAGAACCACAGAAUUCACAAUGCACUUAAAGGUAUCCCAGAUGACAGAGAGGGCUUGUUUGAUACUAUCCAGAGGAGUAAGAACCAUUACCAGAAGCGAGCCUAUCAGUGUAUAAAGUGUAUGGUAGCUCUAUUCUCUUCCUGUCCUGCUGCUCAGCAGAUGCUUCACUCCAAUGGUGAUCUAAAGAGGAAAUGGACCUGGGCGGUAGAUUGGCUGAACGAUGAACUAGACCGUCGACCAUAUGCAGCAGCCAAUCAGCAAUAUGGAUUCAGCAAUUGGUCUCCACCUGCACAAAGUAAUGAAACUAGCAAUGGCUACUUCUUGGAGCGUUCACCUAGUGCUCGUUCAACGCUGGAAAAGGCCUACGAAUUGUGCCCUGAGGAUGAGCCAGAGGCAGAAGAGGGUGAAGAGGCAGAGGUAGCAGUUCCAGAAGAAGUUGCACCCCUUCCUCCUGUAUCUGACCCAGUGCAGCAACAACAACAACAGCAGCAGCAGCAGCAGCAGCAGCAGCAACAGCAGCAGCAACAGCAGCAGCCACAGCAACAACAGCAGCAACAACAGCAGCAACAACAGCAGCAGCAGCAGCAGCAGCCACAGCAGCAGCAACCUGGGCAGCAGCAGCAACAACAGCCUCAGCAGAAGCUACCACCUACCUCAGGACCUCAGCCUUGUAGUUCCCAGUUGAAUUCAACCAAGGAUUCUCCAGUUAGUACACAGAAUAGAAGCCACAGCGGUGGUUCCUUAACAGUUAACAGUGGAAACAGCAGUAAUACCAGCAUUGGUGACAACAGUGCUCCAAAUAACCCCUUGACCACAACAGCAACUACCAUAGUUGGAGCACCUACUGCUAGUACCACCACAACUACCAAUACUACCAGCAGUCAAGGAGGAAACCAGACAACCACCACGAGCAUUAACACCAGCAUUAGUAGUAUCACAAGUAGCAGCAGCAGUAGCAGCACUACCACCAAUAGCACUAAUAAUGUUGGAGGCACAAACAAGACCUCCACGCCAUCACCACAGUCCACCCCAAAUCUCCCACCCACCAUGCAGGAGAACCCGCAGGAGAACUAAACCACACAUUCGGAAUUUAAAUUUGCUUAGAGAGGGAAGAAAAAUUUGUAUGCAAAUGAAACAUUAGUUUCAGUUGUUUGGCAUUAAAUACUUGGGAGGAUGGACUUGUUUGCCAAUGCUGUUGUGUAGUGCUGCACCAAGGGGGAAAGGUCACACAAGAGAAUGACGCAACAUGGAUGUGAAGAUUCUCAUUUCAUUAUAUGAGUCUGACCAAGAGUGAAUCACUGCUUGAUUCAUUUUUUAUAUGGCAGUGUACAAGAGCACUUGCAAAGGACUUUCGUUAUUUAUCUUCAGAAGAAAAAGUAUAUACAUAUGAUUGUAAAUAAAUAAAGAAUGGCAGUGAGAUAAAUUGCUGAAAGAAGAUUGUUCCUUCUGCUCAAAGUGUAUGUUGGGACCCUUCCUGUAUAUCAUGUGACUUUGGUGAUCACAAGUUCACAGCAGAACUAUAUGUAGAGAAGUGGUGUGAAUAUAUCACCAAUGAUUAUUUAUAUGGAAAUUAAGUGUAAGCGUUACCGGUGAACCAUGGAGGGUGGGAGGAUGGAGCCACCUGUGUACCUAGUGACAAUUAUGGAAGUCAAACGAAUGUCUGUAUUUUUGCACCUUGAUUUCCGUAGCAAGUGGCUUUUGAAAUUCAUUCUGUAGGAGAAGCUUUCUGAGAAGUUUAAAGUAUCUUACAUGUGUUAUAUUCUUAAAAAUCUGUCCUUUUUUACUGAGUAAUAUCCUUUUCAUAAAUACACUAGUAAGGGUGUGCUUAAUUCAGUAUUUUAAGUAUCAAAUUUUCCUGUGUACCUACGGAAAGACUCCACAAGUGACUAGUCAAGCAGUGAGUAGUGGAAGCCCCUAAGCCAGCCAGCUGUUCUAUUCUGGACUUAGAAGGUAGCACCAACCUACUGAGUCCAGAGCUUGUAAACAAGUGGUGCCACAUUUAGGUGUCACAGUGCAAUGUACAGGUGUUGCAGUGCCACACAUGUGUCGCAGUACAACUGGCUGGCUGCUUCUGUAGAAGAGCAUCAUGGCCAUCAUGGUCCGAGUGCCAACACCAUGUGAACUACUUUGUCAGAUGGGGAAGCACUGUUAGCCUCCUAGCACAUCACCUGCUGUUGCAAAGUGCAAUGUUUGAAAAAAAAAAAAAAAAAAAAGAUAUAUAUAACUCACUAGUUUUAGUGAAUUUUUUUGUAGUGGGAUUGAGGCAGUGCCUGUGAAUAUGAAUGAAGUACAGUGAUCCAUAGGAAAUGUGAAAGGAACAGUGAGGCUCAAAGCUUGAAUUCCAAGUUUGUGGAUUCCACUUCAUGGUAUGCUUGAAUUCUGGCAAAUAUUAGCAUCGAGAUAUCUUUUUCUGCUGUUGAUGCCAUGGUUUGGAGAAAUGAUAGCUGUGUAAGAAUCCAUAUCCUAGAAACAUUUGAUACUCCAACAUUAUCUGCAGUUGAAUAUUACUCUUUGCUGACCGGCAUUUCAAGUCACACCCCGCACCAGUCAACCAAGCAUCUUUUUCAGCUUGGAGUACUGCGACUCUUGUAUCAUUGUGAGAACGUUGGUCAUUGCAAUCGGUAGGCUUGUUGUCAGUCUGGCUCUUAUCUGGUAAAAAGAAAAGAAAAAAAAAAAAAAGAUAAUAUAAUAAAAAAAAUUCUAAGGAUGGGAGCCUUAUUGACCCUCAGGAUUCCCGGUUAUUAUGAUGGUAACCCUCACAAUCCCCGCUUGUUGUCUGUGAGCCGUGCUGCUGCCAAGGUGUAACCACCUCUUGUUGUGACUUAGUAAGUUUUUUGUAUGGAAACUUUUGUUAGUUCCCUAUUUAUAUUAAUGAUAAAGCAGUUUGGAGUGGAAAUAGUGGUAGCAGUCAGUCACCAUCGUUAGGAGCUGAUCCAGCCUCGUGCAUCCGCUUGUUACUGUCUUGUUUGCCUACUAAUGUAUUAUAGGUUUCCCACACAGAUGCCUUUUUUGUUUUAAGGAACUCAAGUUUGGAUACUGAAAAAUAAAAAAAAUGCAAUUGGGAAAUGAGUGGCUGUUAUGUAAAUUCAAAAUGGGUUGAUCAUGCAAUGUUCAUAUUUGAAGGAUGGUAGGUGGAAAUUGUCAAUUGGUUGAUAUUUUUCUCCUUUUUUUUAUUUUUUAUUAUUAUUAUUUUUUUACAUAUAUAUAUUUGCUGCCACCAACUGUGAUUAUAUGAAAUUGUGAAGACUUGUAAACAAUGUAUGAUGUAGUAUUUUCAUGUUACUACCUUGUCAAUAAUUGUAAAGCACCAGAGCAUACUUGUAUAUCACUGUAUAAGAUAUAAUUUAAUUGAAAUGGAGCACUUUUUUAUUGAAGUCAUUUAACAGAUUUAUUUUUAUGCCAAUGCCCUUUUUCUUCAACAUCAUGCUUUUGUGUCCAAAAUAAAACCAGUGCUUAU